CAAGGAACUGGUAUCCAACAAAAUGUUUGCUAGAGUUUCUAACCUGUGUCUGAUCAGUUUGGUUGUGUUCGCAGCUUUGGAGACAGCUCUAUCGGAUGAAGAAAAUUUUAAGAAACCUGAGACCCCGACAAUAGAGGAUGACGAAAAGAAUCCAUUGACCCGAGAAGAAAAUUUUAAGAAUCCUGAGACCCGGGCAACGCCUCAUCUUAAAAGGAGAUGGUGGAGUAGGAAAGGACCGAGAAAGGUGGCCUUCACUGCAUAUUUAGGCGAUCAGAAAAUACAUCUUGCUAAGCAGAUCAUAAGAUACUCUCGUGUGACAUACAACUUAGGCAGAGGGUACAGACGUGGCAUUUUCCGUGCCCCUUCAACUGGAGUGUACGUCUUCUACUUCACAUCCAUGCCACAACGAGGCAAAGGAGACGCUCUUUGGUUGGUGAAAAAUGGAAGAUUAGUAGUUGAGUCUGUGUCUGGAAGGCUAUCCUCAGCUUACAACAUGGGGAGCAAUAUGGCAAUCUUGCACCUAAGACGAGGAAACAAGGUUUGGGUCCAAACCUCCCCGAAAUGGAAAUCCGCAUACACAUACAAAUAUAAGUACUCUGCCAAUUCAUUUUCUGGCUUUCGUCUGUAUUAAUCAGUAGUCUGAGAGAAGGCUUGUGCAAAAUGGACGGAAAUAUAGAUUAUGUUUGAAAAUAAAUCAUUUUGACACCAAA